AUGACGGCGCCAUCCACCUUGACCAUCAAUCUGCCGCCAACCUUUGUGAGCAGCUACUGGUCCGCUCCCUACAGGGUUGGAGUCAACUCGCUCUACACGGCUCUACAGCGCGGCAUAGACGAAGACUCGACCAUUCUGGCGCUAGCCGAGCACCGUGCUUCGCUUGAGUACAACACGGCAGAAGCUCUUUCUGCCCCAUUUCCAUCGCCAAACCUUCCUUCAUCGCUCUUUCGCGGGGCCAGGGAGGAAGUCAAGCCCCACACUGCUCUCAGCCAUGCCAUUCGAGCGUUAGAGCUCGAAGCUACCACUGCCCAGGCCCAGGCACACGGUGCUGUGGCUCACGCGCUGGAGCGCAACAUAUUGAUACCUUUUGGCAAAUGGAGCGACGAGCAUGUCAAGAGAGUGCGCUCAAGCUGGGAACACGUCAAUGCUACUGUCGAGCGUUUUGAAGCGCUGCAAGCAGAGGUGAGUGCGGGGCCGCCGAGAGAACCCGUCUGAAGAGAGAGGUCCACACCAGAUUGGCUUCUCAACAUGCGCAUCGUCGUGUUGUCUUCCCUCGCUCCCUGAUACAGGUUGAUCGGCUUCGCAGGAGUUAUGAGUCGAAGUGUCGCCAAGCAGACGAAGCGGAGGACGACGCUCGUUUUGCUGGUGGUUCCGUCUUGAGUCCACCGCCUUCUGCUACCGGGCACGUCAAUCUUUCAUCGCAGCAAAGCACUGCAGCUUCCAACGCUUUGCUUGAGAAGGAUGUUCAGAAAAGCUCAGAGCCUGAGUCCAUCGGUUUGGGCGAGGAGAAAGAUGGGCCUGAUGCUGCGUCAGCCGACCCAGAACGCUUGAAGCGUCGCGAGACGCUGCGCGAUCAAUUUGGCUUUAGACGCAAUCCAAGGAAGAACGAGGAUGGCAAGGACGACAGGUACACGACGCUACCUCUGUCUCCCCGAUCAGCUUCUGCAACCCUGCCUCCCUCGAACCCAACCUUCGAGAUGGGGAAUCGCUCAGUUAGCGGCGGCUCUGGCACCUUGACCCGCAGCGGUACCAUCACAUCCUCGUUAAGCGCAGCAAUCUCCCGUGCUACGGAAGCGCCUGCAUUUGCGACCAUUCGAGGAGCGCUCGGAGGCCUGAAUGAUCCAAGACACGUGCGCUUGCGCCGAGAUGCCGAAGCAGCCGAAGACCCUUACCGCACCGCGGUCCGCGAUCUUGAUCGUACGCGUCUUGGCCUUGAAGAAACGCUCAUGGAGCACUUCGGAUACGCUGAACGUUGGGAAAACGAGCGCGCGCGGGCGGUUCGCACAGGUGAGUGUGCGCACAUGAGCUUCCCGUCUUCGAUCACGCGAUUGAUGCGACCUCUUCGCUGUAUGCAGUGCUUCUCGCUUUCAAUGGCGCCUUCGACUCUCUGCUGCCGCAGACGGAUGUGUCGCUCAAGCGUUUACGAACACUUGAAAACAAAAUCAUCCCUGCACAGGCCAUUGGCUCGCUGAUCUACAACACCCGCACAGGACCCUUCUUGCCUCAGCCUGAAGUCUUCCACGGCUACUACAAUGGAGAGGCCAACUCUCUCGCAGGCUCCGGCAUCGCCACCUUUGGCAUGGACUUGGUUGCAUUCAGUCGGGCGGAGGCACUCGCUCACGAAGACUCUGAAGUUGAAGGCGAUGCCGGCGGGGCGUUGCGCGCUGGAAGCGGAAAGAAAGGAGCAUUGCCCGCGCUCCCCUUGGCUUUCUCUGCUCUUUUAGCAGCUCUCGACAGGGCAUACGAUGAUCCUGCUAGAUGGCCGGCUCCCUCAGCGAAUGAGGGCGAAGCAAAAGCGGGCACGCGCGAAACUGCCUUGCACGCUCACGAAGAGCGCAGGAAAGCCUGGCUCUACGACGUGCCUCUCGCUCAGUCGCAUGCUUGUCGGGAGGCCAUCAUAACGCACAUCACUCAAAGCGGUAAUCCUGGAGCUGAAGCAGGUGCAGGCAUAGAUGGUUUGCUGGCCAGAUUUGAUGCUCCUACGCUAGCUGCGACCGUCAAGAUCUGGGCUUUGGAACUGGCGGACAGCCUUGUCAGCAGGGAGGUAUGGGACCCCAUCAACAGCAUUUACGGAGCUGCUUCAGCUCAAGAGAGCGAAGCUGCAGCAGCAAAGGCGAGCAGCAAUGCAGCAAAUGCGGCAACCGACGCUGAAACUACCGCAAAAGAAGGAAGCCAGAGUAGAGAAGCCAGCGAUCACACCACGACACCUACGCUGGACAAAGGCAAGGGGCGCGUAGGCCUUGAUUCUGCUCUUGAGGAACGAAUCCGUAAAGGUAUUCUGGAGGACCUUGGUGUCGUGCUCAACCGCCUGCCAAAGCUUCACCUCGUCUGUCUAGAUGCUCUGGUCGGGCAUCUGUCGCGGUGAGUAGCUCGAUCCCGAACGGCGCGAUUCACUGUGGACUCAUCAUCAGCUCGUCUCUCCUCGCCUCAGAAUGAUUAAGAAGACGCCUACAAACGAAUCCAAUGGGAUCUACCUCAACAAAUUGGGCCUUGCGCUUGGUCGAGGUACGUCAGCUGCGAUCCCCGGGCUCAUGGUUCUCCCUGACAUACUCCAUUGCUUCGGCCUACUCUGGUCAACAGUCGUUUUGAGACCGCCUCGUGAAAAUGCCGCCACGAUCCCUUCCCGUGCGCCUACUCUUCUUGCAAUGGACCUCAUCGGGCACUAUGACGAGCUGUUACCUGCGCUGCUUAACCGCAAGACGCAGGAGGGCGAAAGCGCUCUUGCUAAGCAGCGCAAGAUGCCAGUUCGAAAACGCACGAAGCCCAUAGAUGUCCGUCCCACGCGUACUUCGCGUGGUCAGGGUAUCAUGGGGCCACGCGAGCCUGCACCGCCAGUGCCAGCAUUGCCAGCAAAGGAUGUCAAAGCAGGCCCUGGCGUUCCUGAGCUGCACCAGACCGCUAGUCCAGAGACAUCGCACAGCUCAAUCGGCACUGGAGGCUUAGCAUCGGCAGUGAGACCCGCGAUACAGACGUCUGAUGUGGCCAAGUCUCGACCGGAUCCUGCUUCAGCAGAAGCGCCGACACCUCUCUCGGAACGUGUGCUCGGCGUCGUUGGAGCUGGUGUCACGCCUGCAACCAGCACAGAGUCGCUUGCCCCAUCGACGAUCACUCCACGGCCUGGAUCGGCGGCAACGUCUAGCGAUGGAGGUAGCGCCUAUGGUACUCCAACCUCAGAAGGACCCACACAGCCUGUCCACAUCAAGAGUGCCACUACCACUACUGUUGACCCAUCUGCUGCGGCGGCGGCCGGCGCUGCUGCCUCGUCCAAUGUUGCGCGCUUGAGUCGUCAAUUUGGCAGCAUGGGCUCAGGAUCCAGUUCAACUGGUGCCAAUAAGGUGCGGGGUGCUCGCCCCAUGGGCUCUAGGCCGCCUGUAGCAGGCAGUGCGGCAACGCCUGCAACAAGCACUGCAGGCAAGCGGGAGUCUCGCGAUCUUGGACCGGACGGUGAAGGAUCGGCAAACAGGUGAGUUCCGAACUCGAUCACCUGGCUUGGAGCCGUGAGUCAGGCUUGGGCUUGCGUACCUCGUCGCGUCUUGGCGUACGUGACUGACUGCUGCUCGUUCUAACACAUCCUGCCUCUUUCAGACCACUGAGCGAGCGAAGGCGAUCUUGGAGCCGCACGAUGGAGCUCACCGACUCUGAUCUUGUGAGCGGCGACGAUGACAAUUAG